CGCCAGAAGCCAGUGUCACCGCGCGCGAAGACCGCAGCUGAGGCACGCGAGGAUCCCGCGCAGGCUUCGCUAACGUUAGCUUACGUUUACACGCGAGUUGUCUUUCGCGUUUAUUAAGCGCAGACAGAUCUCUAAGAAAGGACGAGGGCACUUGAUAGAGAAACUAACUCGGUGAACGCGGAAAGUUGAUAUCGACAUGCAGGCAGCAACCGCUAAGUGGUAUGACCGACGGGACCUUGUCUUUAUUGAAUUCUGUGUAGAAGACAGCAGAGAUGUUGAAGUGAAAUUUGAGAAAUCAAAGCUUGAUUUCAGUUGUGUAGGUGGAGUUGAUACCAUUAAAUAUCAUAAUGAAGUAGGUCUUUUUGAGGCCAUCGACCCAAAUGACUCAAAGCACAAACGUACAGACAGGUCUGUUUUUUGUUGUCUAAGAAAAGCAGAACCUGGUAAAUCAUGGCCAAGGUUAACAAAAGAUAAAACAAAGUGUAAUUGGCUCAGUGUUGACUUCAAUAAUUGGAAAGACUGGGAGGACGAUUCAGAUGAAGAGUUGUCCAGCUAUGACCGUUUCUCAGAGAUGAUGAACAACAUGGGAGGGGAAGAUGAUCUGCCUGACAUGGAUGGUGCAGAUGAUGAAGAGUCUCCAGAUAGUGAUGAUGAGAAGAUGCCUGAUCUGGAGUGAAUGUGCAAAAGAUGUCACCUUAUGGCAGAAAACAAGGAUCGUCACUUAACUGUUAUUUGGAGAAAAUGGCUAGUUAUGAGUGGGUAAUGAUUAAAGACACACACACAUACAGAUCAGCAAACAAACAUAAAAGGCCUACAUCUGGAGCUUUUUUCCAACAGUGUCACAACAAUAGUACCAUUGUGUUGAUGGCUGUCCUGUCAUCAGUGCUGUCUUUACCUUUGAUUCUGCAUGGACAGUUUGAAGUUCUUAAUGUUUUGUGUAUUCUGGCCAUCAUCCGUUUACUCAUUGGUGGGGUGGGUAGAGCAGUGAUGACCUUUGGUAUCUGUGAGGUGGUCCAUUAUAUAGCAUACACAUUGUAAUUCCUUGUGUUUGGAAAAUGCAUAAAAAUUCACAUUUAGACCCCAUUUCUGGUUCAGACUGUAAAUUUCAUUUAUAUUUUGAUGUUAAUUUAAGCUUUUUUAGUUUGUUUUUGUUUUGUCUGUGUGUGGGUGAAAGAAUUAUUCUUCUUCUCAGGCUUGUACUUCUUUGUUCAACUGCAGUUGCUAGCCAAACAUUUACUGGAUUUAAACAUAGCUGCGUUUGAAGCUGAUGAACUUGCUUUUUCUGCUUUACUGGUAAACACCUUUUCAAGGCAUUCUAGAUGGGGAUUUGUCCAUGAAACACAUUGACAUGAAAUCAGAUAUGUUUAAAGUACAUAGUCCUGUCUGUACACAUUGCUUUACAAAAUGAUUUAAAUUUAUCAUUUAUUGUUCGUCACACUUAAAAGUGUAGCAGGCAUUUGAGCACUGAUAUCUUCCAUUUAUGUAAAGUGAAGUGAUACAAUGCAAGCUUCACGGCUGUACAGAACAAAAGGGUAACUUAACAAUAGCUGACCAAAUUGUUUGCACUCCAAAUAUCAAUACAAGUGUGACUAAAACAAACAAAUGUUUAUUAUGCUGUGCUAACCUGUUACCACAGGUUGAGGAACUUCAGUUUGUUAAAUGCAGUGGGAUUUUGUCUACAUAUUUCUAAUAAACUGUCUCUAAAUCAUG